GCAUCUCUUUCCCGGUCAUGCGCACAGGAGCCCGCUUCUCAGUUAAGCGUCAGUGCCAUGACAACAGGACGAUGGCUUCAAGAAAGCGACAAAUGUGAUUUUUGCCACAACAACGAGAAACAGACCUCCACAAUUCAAAGAGUUGUUUGUGUACUGGAAGACGGGCCAUGUCUCUGUUCAAGGCACGUGACUGGUGGUCGGCAGCUCUUGGCGAGGGGGAGGAGUUUGACCAGGGAUGCAUCUGUGUGGGAGAUGUGGACAACAGCGGCACUGGACAUGACAAGGUGGUGGUGGGCAGCUACAUGGGCAUGCUGAGGAUCUUCUCCCCUCAUGCCAGCAAGCCCAGCGAGGGGGGCCAAGGCUCAGCCGAGGCCCAGCUGCUAGAGGUUCAUCUUCAGAAUGCCAUCAUCCAGGUGGAAUUGGGGAAGUUUGUCUCGUGUUCGGAUCUUCUUCACUUGGCUGUCCUGCACCCCAGGAAGCUGUCAGUCUUCUCUGUUUUAGGAACGGCAGGGAACGUGGAGCACGGCGACCAGUACCAGGUCAAACUGGUUUACGAACACAACCUGCAGAGGACCGCCUGCAACAUGACCUAUGGUGCCUUCGGAGGAGUCACAGGCCAUCACUCGCUGUGCAUCCAGUCAAUGGAUGGGAUGCUGAUGUUCUUCGAGCAGGACAGCUACUCCUUUGGAAGGUUCCUCCCGGGCUUCCUGCUUCCCGGCCCGCUGGCCUACAAUUCCAGGACGGACAGCUUCCUGACUGUGUCCUCUGCUCGCCAGCUGGAGAGCUACAAGUACGAGACCUUGGCCGUGGCCACAGAGGCAGAACGUCGUCAGGAUCCCGAUCUCCCCCUCAAGAGUGGAGGCAAGAGGCUGAGUCCCGACUGGACGUUGGUCCUGGGCGAACAAGCCCUCGACAUCUCCGUGCCCUCCUCCUCCCACUCCUCCUUCUCCAUCUUUGUCCUGGGCGAGCGCAACCUCUACUGCCUUCGAGACAACGGGCAGAUCCGUUUCAUGAAGAAGCUGGAGUUUAACCCCAGUUGCUUCCUGCCCUACGCCUCCUUGACGGACGGCACCACCAACCUGCUGCUAGGCAACCACACCAACAUGCUGCUGGUUUACCAGGAUGUCACCCUCAAGUGGGCCGCCCAGCUCGCCUUCGUGCCCGUGGCGCUGCGCGUCGCCAACUUCCCGGAGCUGAGGGGCACCCUGGUCAGCCUGAGUUGGGACGGUCACCUCCUGUGCUCUUACAUGGGCACGGACCCCUCCUUUUUCUCCACCCCCAAGGUGGACUCCAGAGAGGUGGACUACGAGCAAGUGGAUGCUGAGAUGAAGAAGCUGCACAAGUUCAUCCGAGAGGCCAGCAGGAGUCAGGACAUCCUGCGUAAAGAUGAACGUGAGGAGGACCUGACAGUGACGGCAUGCGUGUCAUCCAGCAUGGACAGCCCAUCGGCAGCGCUGAUUCAAGACAUUGAUGGUUUUCCUGUCCCCUCAGUGAGGGUAAAGGUGAAGGUGAAGGCCAACAGUGUGUUCACCUCAUCCAAGCUGACCAUCACAGUUCAGCCUCCACUUGCUGUCACUCAGGACCAGUUUGUCCUCGAACCUUUGGGCGUCGGCACAUCCACAGCUGUGGCGUUUUCCGCUUUCCUCAACGGCCGCUACCCCCCUGCCGACCUGAGCGGAGACAUCACUGUGUCGUACAGCUCGCCUACAGAGUUUAACCCCAAAGGUGUCCCUCAUGUUCUUCAGUCCAGGUUCACGCUUCCCCUUGCGCUCAUCUGCACUGCAUCCUCUCCCAACAAGACCAGCAACUUUAAGAUCACUGUGGACACCAACCAGCCCCCAGUGGACCUCAGCACCGUCUUUCCUGAAUUUGCAGCAAAGUCAGAAGAUAACGAGGGAAAUAGUUUGGCUUUCCACUUCCUGUCGGGCGGCAAUGUGACCGUGUUGGCCUCCAAGACCUCCCAGCGUUACCGCAUUCAGAGCGACACCUUUGAGGAUAUGUGGUUGGUGGUGAAGGAGCUGGUCCACAGAGUUGACCUUCAUUUCUCCAAACUGGGAGUUACCGACUUCAAGAAAAGUGUCAAUGGACCACUUCCCCUGCAGGAGUACUUCUUGUCGGUGGACCACCACUUCCAGCUUCGCGUCAGUGCUCAGAAAUACCAAGACCUCCUGUCCGAGCACGCCGUCCAGUUCAGAGCCAUCCAGCGCCGCCUGCUGACUCGAUUUAAAGACAAAACUCCGGCGCCUCUGCAGAACCUGGACACAUUGCUGGAUGCCACUUACAGCCAGGUGAUGGCGCUAGCAGAGGCGGCCGAUGAGAACCGCUUGCUCCUGGACGAGGCCUUUGUGCGGCUGAGGAGCGCCACCCACUUGUUGGUGUUGCUGCUGUCGCUGUGGCAGGGCCUGACCCCUGACCAGACCGCCAUCUUGGAGGCCACGCUGCUCCCGCUGCUACAGGACACGCCGCAGCUGGGCUGGGAGGAGAGCUGCGAUGCCGCCGUCUCUCACCUCCUGAGGACGUGUCUGUCCCGCAGCCCAAAGGACCAAGCCACCUCUCUGGCCCAGACAGGGGGUCCCGUGCUAGGUCUGCCCCGCGACACGUCCCGCCUGAAGAAGCACAUCACGUUGCUGUGUGAGCGGAUCGGCAAAGGAGGACGUCUGACGCUCGCCUCCGAGGCCAACGUCCAGGUGCCGGCACAGGUCCAGAACCUGGCUGCCCCGGGUGGAGUUGAGCCAAUUUCCGAGCUGGCAGGUGAUGGGGAAGAGGCGGACGUGCCUCAGGACACCACCAAGUUCAUCAAGAAGAAACAACCCUCCAAGAAAGUCAAGAAGGAAAAAGACUCCAAAGAAAAGAAAGUGUCAAAGGAGCCAUCGGAGGGCGCUGUGAAAGAAGACACGGGCGAUGCAGAGGAAACCGUCAAGGAGGCGAAGAAGAAGGAGGGCUCCAAGGAGAAGAAGGAGGCCAAGAAGGAGUCGUCGUCAUCCUCCUCGUCCAAGGAGAAGAAGGAGGUAUCGAAGGAGAAGAAGGAGGCCAGUAAGGAAUCCGGCAAGGAGUCAGGAGACAAGAAAGUGUCCAAGAAGACGUCAGUGAAAGUGAAGGAGAAGAAGAAGGAACCUGAGGCUGGAGAUGGCUGACAUUGGAGCAGAACAUCUCACACACUCAUGGACGCAGUUUAACGUUUAAAUAAUCCAGCAACCACACACACACACACACACACACACACUGUUGUUUGUGAUCAACAAUGAAGUCAACACUUUUUGCUAAACAACAGUCCAACUCUUCUAUAAUCCCAGAAACCCAAACCACUACACGUCCCCGCUCUGGAUCUGACACCAAGCUCCGCCCACUUGCCCCAUUGUGCGGCACCAGACCUGCCUGCUAAGAAUAAGGCGCCCGCCGUGUCCACACACCCGCUGGAUGCUGGGUCGAUCCAGGCCACAUCCUGCAACACACACUUCUGCCCCCCCUCCCGUCACAGUCUGUCACAGUGGUCUUCAAGCGCACGCUGAUGUUUCUCCUCAACGUGCGUCCAUCUUAGCUGCUCCUUCACAGGAGACACAAGACUACAUACGAGAAAACACGAUAAACAUUCCAAGAAACAAAUGUUUAUUUCAAAUGUGUAAAAAUUGUUUAGCGAGCUAGCAAGUGGUUCAGCUCACAGUGGACAGUGGAGAUCGGACGCUGAGUCAGCAAUAAGUGCAUCCCUCACCUUGUGCUGUCCCGUGGAAAGCAAGCAGCUCCACAUUUUGUGAUUUAUUUUUUUCCCCUAAAAAAAAAAAAACCAACAAAAAUGUACUUCAUUAGAUUUUUCUUGAACAGCAAUAAUAUUGCAUUGUCAUUAUGGAUAGUAGACAUCUGGAUCGUAUGGGCGGAGUCAAUAAAAAGAAAGUCAAAAAAGAAGUCAACUAUACCUGUCAACCCUCCCGUUUUCCCUUGGAAACGCCUACAUUUUGCCCUUCUUUUUCCCUCCCGUUUUGAUUCCCGUAUUUUUAAAUUUCGUCAAAAGAAAAACUGUCAGUCGGUUCUGGGGAGUGCUGGUGGGAAGACCAGAAUUCCCCUUAUUUUCCUAAAUUUCCCAUAUUGUGAAAUGCAAAUGUUGACAGGUACAAAGUCAUCCUCCACACCUGCUCUGUGUUGAUGAGAAUCAGUUGUUGGGUGCUUGAUCUCCAUGGCAACGUGGCUAUAAAUACCGUUUGCCAGAUAGCAUGCUGUUAGCACUUUAGCUCGCUUUAGCUGAUGUUGCUAAACUUAGCACAGCUUGGGGUCCCCUCGGCUACAGCGACAGAGAGACGUUUGCCAUCGAUGCAGCGCCGCUUUCCCACAAGACUCUCAGCAGUUCCGGACUUUACCGUCGCUGUGACAAAGAGAAGCGGGUCAGAACACGUGUGAGGUGCUUGAUUGUGACACAAGGACUUUGCAACAUGGAGAAUGUUUUCUCCUCUUGCCGCUAGUCGGGACGCGGAGAGACGAGUCGGGCGAAUGUAACAUUUAGUAAUUAAAGUACGAAAAGAAGCAAACG